AUGGACGCACUUUUGCUGUAUCCUCCCUCCGUAGCUGGGAUAGGAGAGUUGCGAAACUGCUAUCUGACGAGGCAAAUGGCCUGUAGCCUCAAAAGUCUGAGGAUAGAAGUGGUCUGCUAUGGCGGAAGUGGUGUCCGGCGUCCGGCGUCGUCUUGGGCAGAUGUCGCCCAAUUUGAGCAUCAACCUUGCCCGAACCAGUGCCAGCCAAGCCGAGAUGGUGCUCCUCGAUUUACAGGCACUUUGGCCAAUUUGAGGCUGUUUUUGGUCGACAUCGAAAAUGGGCAUAAAGGGUCACCGAUCAAAGUCACGCGAACCAGUUGUCUGCAGAAACAGUCGCAACCAACUCUAAUGCAGGCUGGUUGUGUGUGUGUUAAGGUUGUUACAUGGUUGAGAUCAUUCGGCAGAUGUCCUCUUUCGGGUUUACUGGAAAUAGGGCUCGUUCUGGUCUCUAGCACCGUUCGAAUAUCACCUCCCGCUGAUCCUGGAUCAAAAAGACUACCCGAUUCCGAGGCGACAUGCGCGAUAACAAUGCACAAUGACAGCAGAAUGAUGCGAGUAACACGAAGUUUGACUGGAAUUCGUUUGCGUCUAGUCAUCUCUCUUUGCUCGUUCUCACACCAACUGUGGUGCAGACUUUAA